AUGGCUGCUGCGCCGAUCCUGGCGAAUUGCCGAUACGGAAUAGACGAGCUGGAGCUUCGCCCGUAUGAAGAAAUUAAUGGUUCUCGACCAAUCGUCUACGGUCCUCGCGAGGAUCGCCUCCGUUGCCAGCAAUGCGUGAAUCGCUACGGAAAGGCGGCGCCGUGGAAUUGUGUUGUGUGCGAAGAGAUGUGGGCAAAUUGGUGUCAAGCGAACACUUCACCGGGACAAUUGCCAGAAAUCGGAUUCCCGUGGAUUGACGACUUUAGUGUCUCUGCUGUCGCCAAUCUAAUCGAUGUGGCCUUUUGCCCGAUGCGGAAACCAUUGAAGGGACAGAUGCUGCGGGUAUCUGGGAAAAAUGGCGCCGAAGACUUCGAUUUGACGCUAUUUUUGCGCGAAUUCGAGCGUCGCCUCGGACGUGUUCAUGAUGGUCGCAUGGAAUUGUUGGAGGAGGCGGAAACGGAUGAGGAAACGAUAAAAUCAUGGCUACUGGAACGGCUGUCGAUGGGGCAGAUGGAGGAUGCGGGGAUCAGCCGGCGUUUCUACCGUAUGAAAGCCUGCGGGAAAACGUUCCUCGCCGCCUUCCUUUCGUCGCCGACCAAUUUCUUUGCAAAAUAUGCAAAAUACCAGAAUGACGUCAGAAUGAAGCAUGCCAACUUCUUGGCGGUUGUCUUCGACAUG